CCGACGAACACUUGAACUCCUUGAACUCUAAACCCGCUACCUAAGCUCAGGUACAUACAUAGGUAGAUGUACCUGUAAAUCGUCUCUCUCCUGCAGUUAAUUCCCCAAUCCCAAUCCUCUCAAAAAUCCGCCCUCCACUUCUUUUCUAUUCUGUCGUCGACGCACACUCUGGCAGUCUGGUAGACUUGCGAAACAUCCCCUAAUUUAUUAUUCGGUUUCGACGCUGUCCGUUGGGAACCCUUCGUUUCUUUGUUCAAUUCUACCUGCCAUUUUUAUUAGGUCGAGAGUAAAGAAACAGUCUUCUCUUCCACUUACGCACACACCCCCCUCCAAUUCUUUCCCCAAUGCGUACGUGACAUUUUUUUUUUUAAUUCCACAUUUAUUUCACAAUGGCAAUGCUAGCUUCGAAGUCGUCUUUCCCGGCUUCGCUGGCCUCGUCGAAUUCUACAUUGGUUCCGAACGCACAGUCGUCAAAUAUGCCGCCAACGAGAAGAGCCCCCGCCGUCCUGGCUGCGGGUCAAGCCUUCGCCAGCCCGACUGAAUCCGAAUUUUCCGACGUCGACGGCCCUGACGCAGUCAAGAAUUGGACUGAGGACCAAGUCUGCGAUUACCUGAGAAGUGUCAAGUGCGGCGAGUACGAGAAGAUAUUCCGAAAGAACAAUGUCAACGGUGAGAACCUGUUAGAGAUGGACAAGGAGGUUCUGAAGGAGAUGGGUAUUGAGAAAGUCGGCGACCGAGUGCGAUUAUUUCUUGGCAUCAAGAAAUUGAGGACGAAGGCGUAUGCUAACCAGAAGAGGCGCAAUCGAGAUUCAUUUGGAGGAUUGGAUGCUCAAUACACCCCACCCUCGACAGGCUCACCACGACCUCUCAACUCGGGGGGUCGUGGUAUUGUUGCCUCGUCCUCGAAUAAGAGAUAUUCUAGGCAGAUUGACAUGUCGAGCCUAGCUAUGAACCCAAUGACUGAGAUCGCAAAGCCCUCCUCGCGGCCUAGUUCCCCCCUGCCACCCAAUCCUGAUAUCCGGACUGCUAGACAGCAGAGAUACCAACCGGCCCAGCCUUAUAUGAGCAACACGACGCCUAACCCAACCGGUCGAGCACCUAGUUCACCAACUAUGUCGGGUCGUCUGGUAAUGACCCACACGAGAAAUACCUCGAGUCAGGAUGGUUCGCUGAUGGCUGCUUUACCACAGGGUCAAGAUGUCAUCCGCGUAAUCUCCACCGGCGGCGUUACGAAAGUUGUUAAGAUCGCAGACUGCAACACCUGCGAAGAAGUUAUGCGAGUAACCCUACGAAAGUUUGCCCUACGAGAGGACCAUGACCGCAACUACUGUUUUUGGGUAUUAGCCGGUAUUGACCCCGAUCCUAAGCAGUGUCGGCGUCUCGGCGAUACCGAAUUAUGGCGCAUAAUCAAGGACCAAAAGCGACCGGAGAGGAACCGCCUCAUCCUACGAAGAGUCCCUACCGGAGAACCGGGAGAAGCCGAAUUGCAACGAGCCGCCUCCAUUGCGAUGGAAGAAGCGCAACAAACCCACGCACGUGCGCUCGAGAACGUGCAAGACAAGAGAAGCCAGAUGAAGGUACAGAAGUUGCUAGGUGAAAGCUGGAAUGAAGGACUCCAGCAGCCGUUAUCGCCGAUAUCCUUCCAAGAUCGUGAGAGGAAUCUCCACAAUGCCGCCAGGGACUUGGAACGACCUGCUUCUAACGAGGCCAAAGCCUUCCCGAGACGAAAGGGCAUUUUGAGACAGUUUGGUGGCUUGAGACCGCCUAGUGAAUUGAUUGCCUCGGAUCUCACCUCUUACUUCCCCGACCAUCCAAGGGAAGACAUCGACCGAACAGCUCGACUAUCCAUGCGUAGAUCCACCCGUUUGAGCAAAGUGAACAGCCGGCUUAGUGUUGCUAGCAAUCUAAGCUUUGCAUCCAGCAUCCAAGACGCACCGCCUAUCCCAACAAUUGCGGAUUCAUGGUUGAACAGCGGCCAGCUUGCCAAGGUCAAAGCUCGCGAGAGCCGACUGCCACAUUCAUUCCGUGAUUCCGUCGCCUCAUCAGUCCUAGAUACACUUCAAGAGGAGUCUCCUAUCGAGCCUAACCGCAAGUCUUACGUCUCGUUUGCGGACAGCGGCUCUGAUAGUAACCCUAUUAGUAUCACGGAUCCUGAAGGACACGUUCGUCACAGCUACUUUGACGAAACCAGCACUCAAGGUUCUGGUUCUCUGAAGGAGAUCAGCCAAGCUCUUAGUGAAGAUGGCGAAGAUGCCGAUGAAGAACUGCAGAGCUUCCUAGCAGGAGAAUCGUGGGAUGAUAACAAGUGGAUGAAGGGUGCUCUGAUCGGCCAGGGAUCGUUUGGUAGCGUGUACCUUGCCCUUCAUGCUGUGACAGGAGAACUCCUUGCCGUUAAGCAAGUCGAGGCCCCAUCGCCUGGUGCCAACAGCCCGAACGACGCCCGAAAGAAGAGUAUGAUCGAGGCCCUGAAGCGUGAAAUUGGUCUACUUCGAGAUCUUCGACACGCAAACAUUGUGCAGUAUCUCGGCUGCAGUUCCUCGACCGAGCACCUAAAUAUUUUCCUUGAAUACGUUCCCGGCGGCUCUGUCCAGACGAUGCUUAACUCGUAUGGUGCUCUCCCCGAGCCUCUAGUCCGCAGUUUUGUCAGACAAAUUCUGAAUGGGCUUUCGUACUUACACAACCGAGAUAUCAUCCAUCGUGAUAUCAAGGGUGCCAAUAUCCUUGUUGAUAACAAGGGUACGAUCAAGAUCUCUGAUUUUGGUAUCAGCAAGAAGCUUGAGGCCUCCAACAUCCUAAGUGGUGCCGGUAAUAGUAGGCAUAGACCGUCACUACAAGGCUCUGUCUUUUGGAUGGCCCCUGAGGUCGUCAAGCAAACUUCUUACACACGCAAAGCUGAUAUUUGGUCUCUUGGCUGCCUUGUUGUCGAAAUGAUGACAGGUACCCAUCCUUUCCCAGACUGCAGUCAGUUGCAGGCUAUCUUCAAGAUUGGAGGAGGCAGAGCUGCUCCUACCAUCCCAGAGAAUGCCAGCCCCGAGGCGAUUAAGUUCUUGAGCCAAACCUUUGAGAUUGACCAUAAUUUGCGUCCUAGUGCAGACGAACUUAUGCUCAGUCCCUUCCUGGCCCCUAUUACUUGAUUUUUCAAGCAUGAUUCUAAAAUCGUCCAAAAGAAUUGUUUCUCGAUACCCCUUUUUGUAACGAUUCAUCUUUUCAACAUCACGAAAUCGACACCUAAGCCUAAAAAUACUUACUACUACCACUGUUAUCGGCGAUGCAUUGCUAAAUUGUCGGAUUCGGUCCGCGUGGUAAUAGGAUUAAUCAAUGGCAACCAACCCGACUUUAUAUUUUUACUGCUGGUUGUUAUCGCUUGUAUGGUGUCGCAAGGUUCCUUGCAUCUACUGCAGUGCUACUGAUAGGCCUACAGCCGCAGCCAAAAUUUUCAGAAAAUUCAGCACUAGGGAUGAGUUGAAAGAUGAUCGGAUAAUGACCCGUGAUGGGAGUUUUAUAGUUGCGCACGUGGUCAGACAUGAGAAUAUAUACCGAUGCAUUAAUGAGGCGAAAAGGGGAAUAGGUAUCUGGGCUUUGCUAUAUUUUACUUGCUUUUUCUACUUUCUAAACUUGUGUUAAACGCAAAACUUUUUCGGGGCGGCAUUUGAAGCGCACUUGCAACGGGAUAAAGGGUGAUAGAUGCAUGGCAUGAGAGGAAAUGAACUGGCACGAUUACCCUACUACUAUUAUGAAUUCCCCGUAUCGUGAAGGCGUAUACCACCAAGCAUCGCAUAACCUCUUAUGAGGACAUCGGGAUAUAAGAAAAAAUAGCAAUAUUAUUACUGGU